AAAAACGUAUGUUUAUUAUACACUUUAAUUGACUAUUGCUGCUAUUACUUGACUAUUAACAGAAUUGAAGCCCUGCUGUAACUGUCAUGCAAAUAUGAAAGUAAACUUUAAACUUUGGUUAACUAUGUGUAUAUAUGUGUUUUUAAACGCUUGUCAUAUAAUUGCAUAGCGGUCUGACCGUUCCGACGGGUGAUCACGUGAUGCGCGCAAUGACAGUUGGGUGAUUAUCGCUCUCCACUUCCUGUGAAGUGAUGUAUCGAUGUUCCCUGAUUCCCUAUGCCGUGCGCAGUGCCCUUCGAACUGAACAUGUUCGCUCCCUUCGGAUUGGAAUCUCACUUAAGAUGGCGGAAUACCCUGUGAAGUCCACUUCGCAGUCCACUUACGGUCGAAUGGAACGCACCUUUGGUUUGCCAUCCGCUAUAAAUAGUCAUUAGAAGAAGAAGAAAGACAUCACAAAACAAGUAGGUGUUAUUAUGAGACACGGCAGGAAUCCAAAAGAACAGAUGGCAAUUACAAGACUAAGAAUUGGACAUACUGGAUUAAAUCAGUCAUUGCACAGUAUAGGGAAGCAUCCUACUGGAUUCUGUGACUAUUGUAAAGCUCAAGAGACUGUAGAACCCAUUCUGAUACACUGUAAGAAAUAUGAGGAGGCUAGAAGGAAGUUGGAAAAUCAAGUUGGACAACAAAACAUGACAAUAGAGUACUUAUUGGGGAAAUUAACUUAUAAAAGUCUAUACUAUGUAAUUACAUUCCUAAAAAUUACUGGAUUAAUUGACAGACUAUAAUAGUUUUUCCCCCUUUUUUCUUUCUUUUUUUAAUGUAUUUAUUUAAUCUGCUGCUCACACUCCAGUCCAGUAGGUGGCGGUAAUGCAAUAAAACCGAUGAAGAAGAAGAAGAAAGAUGUCCCGUGUGAUCUGUUUGUGUAUCCUCAGUGUGUUCCUCUCUUGAGUGUUUUAUUGAGUGUAAACAGAGUCUUGUCUCUGUGUAUUUUAGUAUUAAUAUGUUGUUGAUGAGAGAUGAGAUGUGCUGUAAAUCAGUAGGAACUGAUCUGUCCAUGCUGGAUAUUGAUGAUUUCAUCACAGAAAUCUCUCAGCUGAAGAAAGAGGUGGCGUUAUUGGAGGCAAAGCUGAGGUCAAGAGGAGAUGAAGGAGUGAAGAAAGAGGAUGUGGAUGUGGCUUGUUGUGAAUCUUUAGUGUAUGUGACUGAUGGAUGUCUGGAUUCAGUGUGGAUGAGCAGAGAUCAGAGCCGCACACCACAGCCACUGCUGGACUCUAAACUCUCUGAAGAGAAAUCCAGACACACACAGGACUCAGAGCUCAGUCUCACUUUACUCUGUUAUACUGAGUCAAAGCCCACAGACGCUCAGGACACUGUGUGUGACAGUAAUCAGGGCUUACAGGAUGAGGAAUCUACUGAUCAAACCUCCACAGAGUCUCUGGAUUCUGUCUGUAUCGCUGGAGAACAGCAGCAGAUCCUGCAGACCACACUGAAGAUGUGUUCAGUCAAACUGAUCGACUGCACGAACCUGAUGAUGAAGAUUAAAACUGAAUGUGUUUUUUUAUCCUUUCCCAUUUUUUCCUUAAAAAGUGCCAUUGUGUGGAUGGGUGGACUCAUCUUCUUAUGCAUACUAAUCACUAGCGUAGCCAGGAUUCACAAUGUGGGUGGGCCCAGAGAAAAUCAGGUGGGCCUUAACCGAAAAAACAUCUGUUAUCAAAAUAUACAAACACACAACUACACCAGCUUCAAUAUAUCACCGCUUAUUAAGAACAAAAGCCUGUAUGGGCCCUAUUUUAACAAUCUAAGCGCAAUGUGCAAUAAACCAAUAAGAGUCUCAUCUCUCAUCCCCUUUAAAAGCCAGUUGCGCUGGUGCCAUCCCGAAUUCCCUAUUUUGGCAGAAUUUGUAAACUAAAAAACUAAGCGGAGGAAGAAGACCACCAGUUUAAGAUUGAUAUUAAAAAAAAUUUCGUUGUUUUUAUUUGUAAUGAAAUUGUUAUUUUUUGGUAUUAAAACCUUUAAAAGUUGUUUUCUUUCAG